UAUGCAUUGGCGUUGUGAAUGUUCUGGGUGGUAUGAAUGCCUUCUGCUGCGCAGUCGGAAUUUGAACAUCGUGUGAGAAAUAUGGUUAAGUGAUCCGUUCGGUUUUGUGCGUUUGAGGCGUUUUUUCAAAUUUGUGUUCCCCAGCAGGCUUGUGAUUUUGGCAAUAUCUAGUGACAGUUUAAUGUAAAGGUUAACUCUAACUGUCGCCGAAAAUUUCCAACAAAAUUUUUAUUUCAACCUUAAAAUUUUAUCCCUUUGUAAUUUAUUGUGAUAAAAUUUGAUAACAAUGGUGCAAGAAAUUAUUGAAGAUAACUCGUCGGAUUUAGAUACAGAAGUUAACCGGAAUAGCAGUGCGGAAGGCUCGACGCCUUCUGAGACUGAAAACGUAGUGACAAUGACAGAAGCAGAAAGACAAGCCGAGCUUUCGAGGCGUCAGGAAGAGGCUAGAAGACGUCGUAAGAAAAAGAAGCGUACAGGGUCUUCUUUGGUGUCUUCAUGUUUCCAAGACCUGUACAAACUGACGGCAGAAGUGUUGGGUGAAGGAGCAUACGCCAGUGUACAAACGUGUGUUAACAUCAUUACGGACAUUGAGUAUGCUGUGAAGAUAAUAGACAAGGUUCCGGGCCACGCCAGAGCUCGGGUAUUUCGUGAAGUAGAAACUUUUCAUCAUUGCCAAGGACAUCCAGGAAUUAUUCAAUUGAUGGAAUUUUUUGAAGAUGAUGAGAAAUUUUAUCUUGUUUUUGAAAAGAUUAAUGGAGGACAACUACUAGCACGUAUCCAAGAACAUGUUUCAUUCUCGGAGUAUGAAGCGGCGCAAAUUAUUAAGGAAAUGGCCUCUGCUUUAGACUUUCUUCAUAAGAAAGGAAUUGCACAUAGGGAUUUGAAACCAGAGAAUAUUCUAUGUGUUAAUAAAGAUACGCUGUGUCCUAUAAAAAUUUGUGACUUUGAUCUUGGAUCUGGAAUAAAAUUUAAUACGAGUUUAUCCUCACCUUUGGCUACCCCACAACUGUUGACACCUGUUGGUAGUGCUGAAUUCAUGGCACCAGAAGUUGUAGAACUAUUUGUGGGUGAAGCUAAUUAUUAUGAUAAGCGCUGUGAUCUCUGGUCUUUGGGUGUGAUUGCUUAUAUACUUCUCUGUGGUUAUCCACCUUUCUAUGGCAAUUGUGAGUCAGAUUGCGGUUGGAAUAGAGGAGAAAAUUGUAGAUCAUGCCAGGACCUUUUAUUCCAUUCCAUUCAGGAUGGUUAUUAUGAUUUUCCUGAAGCAGAAUGGGGAGAAGUAAGUUCAGGUGCCAAAGAUUUGAUCAAUGGUUUGUUGAGACGAGAGCCAUCUCAAAGGUUAAGUGCCACAGCAGUUUUGGAACAUCCAUGGCUUACUGAGGCAUUGAGGGAAGGAACUCAAAAAGAACGACCAUUGAAAACAGCUGGAAUUAUCAGAAGGAAUCAAUCUGCAAGAGAACUUUCUCAGUUUGCUGAAUCAGCAAUGGCUGUUAAUAAGGUGAUAUUGCAACAUUUUUCUAUGAACAAUGAUUACUUAGUGUGUGAGAGAUCAAACAUAUAUGCUAAAGAUAGUUUGGAGGAAGAAUGUUCCAGUGAUAUUGAAAAUCAUACACAACCUACAGAAUUUGAGGCUGAAACAUUAAAAAAUAUGGAUGGUUUACAAAUUACUCAAUCAAAAUUGAUUCCAUUGAACGAUAGCAAUAAUUCUUCAAAGAAAAACAUCUUUGAUAAUUCUCCUAAUAAUUCAUUCGAUUCCUAUAAAAUGACUAAUGGCAAAAUUAUAACUGAUGCCAAGUCUAUGAAGUCUGAAAAUUGGCGUGAUCGUUCUGCUUUACAUGCAAAGUCUCAAACAGAAAUAUCGGCACUAAGUGGAAAUCGAAAAUUGCCCACAAAACAAUUUGGGCGACAUUUUCGGGAUCAUUCGAGUGAUAUGGAUGUAAAAAAUUGGAGAAAUGGGUGUAUUAAUGUUAUGAAUGGUAUUUGUGAGGCACAAAUAGAUGAGCCUUUGAAUUUAAGAGAUACAAAUAAAAUGCUUCACAUUUCAUCUGAAAGUGCAAAUGUUUUUGGACUAUCGCCACCCAGUGAGUCAAAAUUGUUGCAAAGGCGCUCCAUGCAAAAGUAUUCCGGUGCAUGAUCGGAGCACUAGAAUAAAGUUCAAUACUAUUUUACAAACAUCAUGUACUAUGCAAGGAAUAUAAAAUUCUUGUAAAAGUCAUUUUUGUGACAAAACAUAAAAAAUCAUUUAAAACAUAUAUUGCUACAAAUUUAAAAUAUUAAGCUGAUAUCAAAGAAGUUGAAUUGAAAGCUAACAAGUUUAUUUUUCUGUGAUCAUUUGGAUUCAAGUUAUAUUAUUUCUAUUUGUGAUUGUCUAUAAAAACAAUGAAUAUUGUUUCAUUGUUCCCUGCUAAGUCAUUAAUAUUUCACUGUAGUUAUUAAUUUAAGUUUGAUUGACAUCCGUUGAUUUUUUCCACAAGAAGUUAAGUCUUUCUUUUUUUUAUUAGUGUUUAAAUAAUACCUUUUCGUGAAGAGAAGGGUUGAUUGUAUAUUUCAUUUGACUAAGAAACCUAGCUGUUAUGACUUCCAAGAAAGCCAAACUUAACAAUAAACUUGGAAAAAUUAUGAAGAGAUUUUUUAAAGCAAGCCUUAAAGUGAUUGAAGAAGUGAAAUAUUUAAUAAAUAUCUUUAUGUAAAUAAUAGUUAUUAUGAUAUAAGCCCAAGAGAUAUAACGUCUUUAUUGCUUUGUUUUUUUUAUUUUUUAUUAUGAAUUCUUUAAGUGUACAAUUUACAAUCAGAAUCAAUCUUACAAUUAGUGUAGUUGUCUAUGAGAGAAAACAUCGGACGUUGGUCACAAAAUGAUUAACAGUUAUAGAAUGCCAUGUGUUUAAUAAGCAGUUUACAAUAUAAUGUUACUAUUGUUAGUUGGCAUACUGUACCGAGUUUUAUUUUUUUUAUGAAAAAGAAGAUAGAGUGGCCAAAUUAUUUUGGUCAUGUGAUAUUUGUUCCAUUAAAGAUUAUAUGAGGUCAUGUGCAUUGUUAGUGCAUGAUUUAAUAUUUUUGUACGUUGCGGAAUUGAUUUGUGGUGGAGAUACUGUAUUAAAGGUUUCAAAUAGUUUUGAAACUGCUCUUGUGUGAAAUUUAGUAAUAGUCUCCAAUUCAAUCUAGGAUGUCUUGGUCUUCCUUUAUGUGUCAGCACUUGUAUAACUUUAUUCUACUUAUCAAUUAUUUUAGUACGAUGCUCGCCCUUGGCCAGAAUAUUUGAACGAAUUGAAAGUUUUAAUGAUUCCAGUUAAGUUUUGACAUCUUAUUUUUGACAUUUAGUCCAAUCUUGACCACUGAACAUUAACAUUUGUUUUCAUUUCAUACUAAUAAGUAACAAUGUCAUUUGUUGAAUUUUAAAUGGAGAAUUGAUAGAUAUUUUUAUGAAUUAGGACUUAUACUCAAGUUUGUUUAUCUAGUGACAGUAAGUUUAAGUAACAAAUAAUUUUUAUAAUGACUGAAAAUAAUAAGCAUAAGUAUAAGAUUGUGUUGAUAGAUUUAGUAAUGAGUAGUCACAGCUCAGUGUUUUAUGAUGCAAAUUACAUUGUUAUCUAAUAGUUAUUUCUAUUUGUAUUUUACAGAUAUUUUUGUAAUAUAUUUUCAUUUUUAUAAUGUGUGAACUGAUACAUAUGUAUUUGUACAUACAAAAUUCAAUAAAAACACCAAACUCUUAUGCACAAUGUUGAAAAUAUUUUUUCUCUAGAAAGGUUGUAUAAUUCUAAAAAUAAAUAAAUCUUAAAGUACAAAUAUAAAAUUAAAAAUACUAUAAUAAAAGUAAUCAUACCAAAACAAUGUAUAAAAUAGCAAUAUGUAAGUUUAUGUCAUGUUGGAACUUAAAAUGUAAGAGAAAAUGAUUGUAUUGAUAAGGUGCCAUUUUAUAUUGAUAUAAAUGUAUCACAUUGGAAGAUGAUUGAAUUUGUAAUGAAUUUG